CUUUCACAGACCGCGCGAGGUCGACGAGAAAGCAGCAAACAAAGACUUGCAAAAAUGGCGGUGGCGACGGCUCGGUGGCUCGUCCUGUCCCUGCUCGUGUCCGCCGCGGCCGCGGCGCAUGACACGAAAUGGAAGGCCGGGGCUGCGGUGGGCGGCCAGGUCGUGGAGAAGGAGCGGCGGAGGGUGGUCGCUCAGAGCGAGGCCGGCACGGUUACGGCCGCGGACGUCGCCGACGCGGCGGGCACCGUGUACCGGCUGCAGUUCAUCACCAUGGACCCCGGCGCCCUGUUCCUGCCCGUGCAGCUGCACGCCGACGCAGUGUUCUACGUGCACAGCGGGCGGGGCAAGGUGACCUACAUCCAAGAAGGGGGCAGCGAAACAAGCUCCCUGGAAAUACAGCGAGGAGACGUGUACAACUUGGAGCAGGGCAGCAUCCUGUACAUCCAGAGCUACCCCAACGCCACCAGAGAGCGUCUCCGGAUCUACGCCAUCUUCACCAGCAACGCCAUCAACUGCGACGACCCAUCGCACCCCAAGUCAGAAGCAUACUCGAGCGUCAGCAAUCUACUGAGAGGAUUUGAAGUAAAGAUUCUUCGACAGGGAUUUGGGGUUUCCGCUGAAGUGGUGGAGGCAAUCCAAUCGGCCAAGAGCCCACAGUCGAUUAUAACGUACAAUCCAGACCAGGAGAAGGAAGAGAAGUCGAAUUGGACGGAAGAAAUCUUCAACGCGCUGUGGGGCGACGAGUCCCCACUGAACAAGAAGAAGAAGAAGGAUAAGCACAAGAAGAAGGACAAGAAGGACGACAAAUCCAAGAGCGAGACGUUUAACUUCUACUCCGGCAAGCCGGACGUCAAGAACUGCUUCGGAUGGAGCAAAACCAUGACCAACAAGGACCUGCAGAACCUCAAGGGGUCCAACAUUGGCAUGUUCAUGGUGAACCUGACCACGGGGUCGAUGAUGGGGCCUCACUGGAACCCGAAAGCCACGGAGAUCGCCAUCGUCACCCACGGAUCAGGGAUCGUGCAGGUGGUAUGCCCGAGCAUCCCGUCGGGCACCGGAGGCGGUCACGGCCACCACGACGAGGGUGGCCGCGGGGGCGGCGAUCACGGUCACCACGAUGAGGGCGGCCGCAGGAGAGGCGAUCACGGUCACCACGACGAGGGCGGCCGCGGGGGCGGCGAUCACGGUCACCACGACGAGGGCGGCCGCAGGGGCGGCGACCACGGGCAAGGAGGCGUAGAGUGCAAGAAUUCGGUGUUCAGAGUGAAGGAAGGCGACGUGUUCGUGGUGCCGAGGUUCCACCCGAUGGCGCAGCUGUCCUUCAACAACGGGUCGUUCGUGUUCGUCGGGUUCAGCACCCACAUGGGGGAGAACAACCCGCAGUUCCUGGCCGGGGAGCAUUCGGUGCUGCAGGUGAUCGGCAAGGAGAUAGUGGCGCUGGCUCUGGGGCAGAAGAACACGACCGCCGUGGAGAAGCUGCUGUCGGCGAAGAGCGGGUCGACCAUAAUGGCGUGCAUCUCGUGCGCGGAGGAGCUGGAGAGGAAGGCGGAGCAGGAGGAACAGGAGGGCGGGAAGGGGGAGCGGGAGCGGGAAGAGGAGGAGAGGGAAAGGAAGCAGAGAGAGGAGGAAGAGCGGAAGAAGCGAGAGGAGGAAGAGAGGGCGAGGAGGGAGAAGGAAAGGAAGCAGAGGGAGGAAGAGCAGAGGAAACGGGAGGAAGAAGAGAGGGAGAGGAGAGAGGAGAAGGAAAGGAAGCAGAGGGAGGAGGAAGAGAGGGCGAGGAGAGAGAAGGAAAGGAAGGAGAGGGAGGAGGAAGAAGCAGCGAGGAGGGAGCAAGAAGAGGAAGAAGAAAGGAGGAGAAGGGAGGAGGAAGAAGGUGGCGGAGGCCAAGGCGGAGGAGGAGGUGAUGAUCCAAGGGAGGAGGAAGAACGGCGGAGGAGGGAGGAGGAAGAAGGCGGCGGAGGAGGUGACGAUCCGAGGGAGGAAGAGGAAAGGCGGAGGAGGGAGGAGGAAGAGGGCGGCGGAGGCCAAGGAGGACGAGGAGACGAUCCGAGGGAGGAAGAGGAACGUAGGCGGAGGAGAGAGGAGGAGGAAGGCGGCCGUGGCGGAGACGACCCGUGGGAAGAGGAGGAAGGCGACUGGGGAGACACCACCAAGUACCGCGCGGCCAAGAACCUGAAGAAGCGCUACCGUGGUCGCAAGGGCGCCGUGUUCCAGAGCGCCUGAACAGCCGCCGUUCCAGACUUCCAGUCACCUUGCACGGUCUCUGCUCUACCCAUUCCCCGCGUACCGCUGUACGAAUACUGGUGGCCAUCCUAGUUGUGUGGCUCUGUUCAGUCUACUGUAGUCUCUACUCGUAGUUUUGUUGGGUCCGUCGUUGCCACAAUGCCACUGUGUCUUUCUGUAGCUGGUGUAUAGAAGAAGAGCUUGUGGAUUAUGCCUACGUACGUAUAAAUAAAGGAGCUGUUCAUC